UUAAUUUUUAUUGAGUUUCUUAGACCUGUUUUUAGUUCCCCAAUGAGGGAUCUUGACCAUAUAUCUAACUGAUUUUUUUACUAUAUUCCUACCAACUUCUGAUUUGUUUCAACUUUGUUAAUUUACUCAUUUUAGAUUUUUCAAGUCCUCUAUGAAGCAUAUUGAAAGCGGCGAUAUGGACAAUGGUGUGCAACGCAAUGCAGAAGAUAUUUCCAAUGAGCAGGUCUGGUCUAGAAGUUUAUUUGCUGGUAGAGACAGAAAGCAACCAAUCACAAACAUGCCAAGGAAGAAUCAAACUUGUAAGAAGAUCCCUGUAACAGAAACUACUUCCAUCAAAAUUUCCAAGCAUGUGAAUGGGAAGAAGAUGAUCAAUGACUUUGUAAAAGAGCAAAAGAUUAGUCAUGGAAGUUAUGGAAAAGUGGUAUUGUAUCGAAACAAAAAUGAUGGAACCCCAUAUGCUAUUAAGAAAAUCUGCAAGUCUAGAUUGUGCAAGGUGCGUGUGACACUGUCUGAAACAGCUAUGACCAAUGUUUUUAGAGAGGUUUCAAUAAUGAAGAUGUUGGAUCAUCCAAACAUAGUGAACCUUGUUGAAGUAAUAGAUGACCCCAAAUCUGAUUAUCUCUAUAUGGUGCUUGAGUAUGUCGAAGGUAAUGGCAUAAGAAACCUUUCUGAAAUACAAGGACACCUUGAUGAGACAACUGCAAGAGGGUACUUCAAAGAUAUAAUCGCAGGCCUCACUUAUUUGCAUAGUCAUAAUAUCAUUCAUGGUGAUAUCAAGCCCGAAAAUCUUCUGCUCACUAGAAGUGGGAGGGUGAAAAUUGGUGAUUUCAGUGUGAGCCAGGCUUUUGAGGAUGACAAUGAUGAGCUCUGGAGAUGCCCUGGAACUCCAGCUUUUACUCCACCUGAGUGCUGCUUUGGUACAGUUUAUCAUGGAAAAGCAGCAGAUAUAUGGGCUACAGGUGUUACCCUGCACCACAUGGUGGUAGGCUGCUACCCCUUCCUUGCUGAUAGUUUACCUGAGACUUACAACAAUAUUGUAAACAGCCCUUUAUUACUCCCAAAGGAACUAGAUCCAAUGCUCAAAGAUCUGCUCCAAGACCUUUUCUGCAAAGACCCUAAGCUGCGAAUAACCUUAGACAUUGUUGCUGAGCAUCCUUGGGUGGUCAAAGAGGGUGCUAUGGUCCUUCCAAGGUGCCCCUGCUGCUGCAGGCUUGGUGUUUGAUACCUUUUCCAUGUUUAAUUAAUUAAGAAUACAUUUUGUUCUUCAACUAUAGUGAAAUAUAUAAAUUGAAAUAGUGUUAAACUCAAAUUCUAACACCGUUAAUUCUCGUCGGCUUGUCUUGUGACACCCGACGGCGGACUAAUAUGUUCUUGUAGGUUGUACCAUUUUUCUUUUUCAAUACCAGAUACGUAAUUAACUUUA